AUGUUUGCUUACCACCUUUAUUCCAUGCUCUUCACUCCAGCUACAUUUGCCUGUGAUUUUGAAUUCGUCGGAAUGUACGAGCAGAGCAUAGUGACACGGGAGGCACGACAACUUCAUAUACGCAAUCUUCAGGGAACUGUCAAACAGCUAAUCAAUUUUGCGGAGGCUGAUGGUCCAGUUGUGGUAACUUCCAUCUCCAACGGCUUUAUGGCCUGUCUUAGUGAAACAGGCGUGUUGAAGGUGUUUGACUUGACGGAGAAAGAAGCAAAACAGAUGUACCUAUCGAAAGCUCUCAGUAGCAACCUGCCAGCCAUUGCAGACGUCUGUGAUGCAGGGCAGUCAGGAAUGCGGGUCGCCUGGCUCUCCAUAAACAGCAAUGCUAGUGCUGUUGCCUUUAUCCUGACUGCUGUUUCAGAUUCACAGCCUGAUUCGAGGAUUUUUGUGUGGCAGUUGGCGUCCGACAGAGUUCAGGUGUUUGAUCUCUCAACCGGUGAGGGCAGAUCCCUGGAUGAUACUACUGCUGCUGACGCUUUAAACAAGGACCAUUUGGAAGGUCAAGAAUGUAAGAGUAAAACACUCUCCAACGUCGCUCAAAUGACCUCGGAGUUCGUGCGUGGACACUAUCCCCUGCGACACUACUGGGAUCUCUACGACUCCCGUUUACUAGUCGUCGAAGCUGCAAAACUGGUUCCCGCUACCUGCCCCACCACCUCUGGAACGGUGGACACACCUGCAGCACUUGACUCGGGUGGUUCUGGUGAAUCAUCCGAUGAGGCAAUUGAAACAACUAAUGAAUCGCUUCGACCACCCCGGCAUCAGCAUUCGAGGAUCUCAAGCACGUUUGAUUCAGAGGCAUGUGGCUUCAAUCGUACGCGCACACUGCAGAAUAUUGUGGUGGCAUUCUUCGUGAAUCCAGAACACAACAGCAUGAUUGUACAGGAAGUGUUUCACCUUGAUACAGGCUACAAUGGAUUAAUUGGAGUUGAAGUGCCUUAUUUUUACUUUAUCCUUAAGCCUGAUCUCGUUUCGAGAGACGCGGUAAACUUGCAGAUCGGGCCUCAGUUCACGCAGACAACAUCACAAUAUCUAGGCCGUCGAGUAAUGCGCGAGUUCAGCGGUCUGGAGACCGCGGAUCCACUAACACGAGACGCAAUCCUCAACUUCAGUUUCUUCCUUGCCCAUGGCGAAAUUGAUGCUGCGUUCAAGUCCAUGCGAUUGAUUCGAAGCACCGCUGUGUGGGAGGUAGGGAAGGUCUCAUCCUCUCACCUUUAA